UCUGUCCCGCGGUCCCUCGCUGCCGGCUCGGGGGAGUCCGAGGGAGAUGCCUGAGUGCGGCUGAGGGGCGCGCGGCGGCGGGACGUGGGAAGACAGCCUCGGCGGCCUCGCAGCGACACCCCCGUGGCUGACCAGCGGCAAGCGGCACGGUCUCCGGAGCUCUGCGUGCGGCGGGGGGGAUCCGAACACAGCAGAUGAUGCAGACCCCUGGGUGGUUCCUUCUCGCUGUUGCCCUGGUGCCCAUGAUGCUGCUCUGUAUGGGCACACUAUCACAGUCAUACAGAACAUCCCAUUUGGAGAGAGAGCCCGGGACAUCAGACCCCAGAAACAGCCCCCACCAGAGGGACCAACACAGAGACUCCAGACCCAGGUGUCGACGCUGCUGUGACCCAGAGGAGGAGUUUCCGCAAUACACAGAGCCUCAAACAGAGUAUCGGGUGAUACCUCAUAUAAACAUCACUAUCCUGAAAGGUGAGAAGGGAGACAAUGGCCAGCGUGGCCCAUACGGAAAAUUGGGAAAGACAGGGAACCCUGGGCCGAGAGGCUCCAAUGGGAUGAAGGGCACCAAGGGCAGCAUGGGGGCCCCAGGCGAUCCUUGUAAGACAUAUUACGCUGCAUUCUCAGUGGGCCGCAAGAAGGCCCUGCACAGCAACGAAUACUACCAGACGCUCAUUUUCGACACCGUGUUUGUCAACCUGUACAACCACUUCAACAUGUUCUCUGGCAAGUUCUACUGCUACGUGCCCGGCGUCUACUUCUUCAGUCUGAACGUGCACACGUGGAACCAGAAGGAGACUUACCUGCACGUGAUGAAGAACGAGCAGGAGAUGGCGAUACUGUACGCGCAGCCCAGCGACCGCAGCAUCAUGCAGAGCCAGAGUUUCAUGCUGGAGGUGGAGCAAAACGACGAGGUGUGGGUACGCCUCUUCAAGGGCGAGAGGGAGAACGCCGUCUUCAGCGACGACUUUGACACCUACAUCACCUUCAGCGGCUACCUGAUCAAGGCCAAGAGUGAGGGCUAGUCCUUUGCUUGCACAUUUAAUUCAUUUUCAAAAACAAUUAUAAUUGAAUAUUUUAUAACCUAUAUGAGUGAAAUAAGUUGCUUGGGGGAUUUUCCUAGUGUAUGGUAUGUAUAUGAAAGUGAAAAAGACGUGUUGAAUUAUAUCAGUUUGCUUAGAUAUGUUAACAAAGAAAUGCAAUAAAGUGAGAAAUAAUGUUGCCCCAAAAUAUAGAGUAGUUGCACUGGUCCAGAAGUGACAUUUUUUAAAGUCAGUAAAACUUGUAAUAAAUUAGAAGGGAAGAAAAAAUUGAAAACAAAUAUAUUUAAAACGAUCAGGGAAAGGAUAGAACAAAACGAAGUAGAGGAGUCACGCGACACCCCGACGAAUCAUCCUUUUAUAAGCGGAAGCAUCUCUCUGUUCUGCCUGUUAAAACAGAUUUCAUGACUGUCCUGAACCAUAUUGGAGUUGUGUUUUGCUCACAGUACAUUCUUACAGCACUUGUAAGAAUAGCGCCAUAGCGCUUUUGGACGAGUACAAUGAUUAUGAAAUUGAACAGUCUACGACCACAUACGUUUCUGUAUUAUUUUAUUCCUUGACAUAAGACUUGUUCCACUUUGCUUAGUUUUUGUACGUAGCAGAAACUCAUGAUUAUUUUUGGCACAUCAGAGCAGUGAAGGAAAGAGACCAAUGACUUGCACAAAAAGCGGGUACAGCUGUUAACCCCAUCCUGAACUGGACGCAUCUUAUUACAGUAGUUGCACGGUAGCGUGUAUGAAGAUGACAUACGCUGCUCCGCGUGAGGUGCGAAACGAGUGAUGCGCGCCUGUCCGGCCAUCACGUGCCGUCGAGGGCUCGUUCGCAAACUGCUACAUCCCAGCAAACAAUUCCACGCUCCGAAGCGCUCCGGCCUUCGCCGAGCGUAUAAAUCUCACUUCGCCGCAAACUUGGAUCGUGCUCCGUGACAUCUGGCAAUUAGGGUGCGUUAAUCACUUUCCACUCAGUGCUCAUUCAGAUGAGAAUUCUCAUUCCAUUUGCAGUUCGGCGUCCUUGCUUUAAGGGGUACCUUUCACGCUGACCUGCCAACUGACUUCCAUCUGUGCUUACUCGAAGAUGCACUGUGACAAACAUCAUUUUCGCGGCAUUAUGUCUGUACAGCAAGCGGCUACGGAACCAAAACUGAGACGCGAGCGCAAUGCAGGCAGGCGCAGUCUCGUUUGAG